UCUGGCAACACGUUUGUAGAAAUUGACUUGACACUAAACGGUGAGGUAGGCUCUUUUUCUGUUUUCAGUCCUUAUUUAUCGUAAAAAUUAAGCGAAUUUCGAGACGGUUUGUUGCUGCAUAUACCAUUUUGAUGCCUAAAAUUUACUAAGGAGUUGCAGAGUGUUAAGCGGUGGGCAGCGAGCAGCAUUAGCGCGCAUUGUUGACAACAGCGAUGGUAAUGGAGGCGUCCCCGUCCCCGCAGAGCGUUGGCCGCGAGUUCGUCCGCCAGUACUACACGCUGCUCAACAAGGCGCCUGCCUAUCUGCACAGGUUCUACAACAACUACUCCUCGUUCGUGCACGGCGGGCUGGACGCGCCCAACCGCGAGACGCUGCCCGUUGUCGGACAGAAGCAGAUACACAACCGCAUACAACAACUCAACUUCCGCGACUGCCAUGCCAAGAUCAGUCAGGUGGACUCCCAGGCGACGCUGGGCAACGGCGUUGUGGUGCAAGUGACGGGUGAGCUGUCUAACGGUGGCGCACCGAUGCGCCGUUUCACCCAGACCUUCGUGCUGGCCGCGCAGUCGCCCAAGAAGUACUACGUGCACAACGACAUCUUCCGAUACCAGGUGCGCACGAGCUCUAUAUCGGGAGGUGUGGAGCACGAGCCUGAGGCGGAGGUGGAAGUGGAGGCUCCGCCCGCGCAACAGCCCGAGCCCGAGCGCGAGCCCACGCCGCCGCCGCCGCAACCCGCGAUGCCCCCGCAGCCCGUGGUGCCGGAGCCAAAAACAUACGCGAACCUGCUUAAGUCCGGGUCGGGGGGUGCGGUGAGCCGCAGCUCGCCCCCCGCGCCCGCGCCGCUCGCCGCCGCGCCCGCGCCCGCACCCACCGCCGCACCCCCCGCCGGGCCCGCGCCCCCUCCCGCCCCGCACGACCAGCGCCCGCGCCCGCCGCGCGCCCCCCAGCCGCCAGCGGAGGGCGGCGGCGGACGGCGGUACUCGGACUCGCAGCAGCUGUUCCUAGGCAACCUGCCGCACUCGGCCACCGAGGAGGAGCUGCGGGCGCUGUUCGCGCGCUUCGGACCCGUCGCCGAGCUGCGCGUGCACAGCAAGGCCGCCGCGCCCGGCGCGCCCCGCCACCCCAACUACGGCUUCAUCACCUACGAGACCGCGCAGGCCGCACACGACUGCCUCAACGCAGCUCCGCUGUACUUCCCGGCGGACAGCCCCGAGGGUGUGAAGCUGAACGUGGAGGAGAAGAAG